AGAGCCGAUAAAGAGGAAGGAAGAUCACGAGAAAAUAGGGAACCAAAUCGAUCUGUGUGUGUGUGGAUCUCACCCAUCAUCAUCCACAAUAUAAAUACGAACAUCGCCGCACACCCCCUCUUCACCUCCCACGACCUCCUUCAACCUCCACGAAGCAUUCAUCAAUGGCGGUCGUCACCUCCAAAUCUCAUCUCCUCCUCCUCGUCCUCUGCAUCCUCUCGACAGGCAAUUCUAUUGUAUCAGCGACUGUCUUCACCCUCCAGAAUCAAUGCAGCUACACCGUGUGGCCCGGCUCUCUCUCCGGCAACGCCGCCGCCCUCGGCAACGGCGGCUUCGCCCUGCCCCCGGGUAGCUCCGUCCAUCUCCCGGUCCCGCCGGGCUGGUCCGGUCGCUUCUGGGGCCGCACCGGCUGCAGCUUCGACGGGUCCGGCGCCGGGACCUGCGUCACCGGCGACUGCCCCGGCGGGCUCAAGUGCACCGGCGGAGGAACCCCGCCGGCGACCCUGGUGGAGUUCACCGUCGCCGCCCCGAACGCCGGGGGCAUGGACUUCUACGACGUGAGCCUGGUGGACGGGUACAACGUGGGGAUGGCGGUGCGGGCGACGGGAGGCACCGGCGACUGCCAGUACGCGGGCUGCUCAGCGGACGUCAACGCCAACUGCCCGGCGGAGCUGCGGGUUGCCGACGGGUCGGGGAUGGUGGUGGCGUGCAAAAGCGCGUGCGAGGCGUUCAGCAGGCCGGAGUACUGCUGCACCGGCGACCACGGGACGCCGCAGACGUGCGGGCCGUCGCAGUACUCGGAGAUGUUCAAGAAAGCGUGCCCGACAGCGUACAGCUACGCGUACGACGACGCCACGAGCACGCGCACGUGUACCGGGUCGGACUAUUUGAUCACUUUUUGCCCGGCCCAGACCUAAUGCCUUAUAUUGUAGUACUUUUUUCUUUACUUUAAGUGGUUUAGAUUCAGAAACGUUAAGCUGA